AUGCGGUAUAGUGCACGUGCAAGUUGCAACGACCUCGUCCGAUGCAAGUUGCCAGUUGAAUUUUCAGUCAAAAAACAACUUGACUGUGUUGAUUAUUUUGCCAAGGACAAAUAUUUAUCAGUUUCCGUGAAUAUAUCGAAUCUGCAUGAUGUUUGUUUCUUCACGAACCUUUCAUCUCGGUACUCGAUCACGAUCAUGAUCAACAUCAGAAGCAUUGCAAGAAAAUGGCAGAAGAUGGCCGGCAUUCGCGACGGGAAGAAGAACAGAACUAUAUCAUUUCCUCAAUCAAGAGUUUUUAAUAACCCUAGUAAGGGUCACUUUGUGGUGUAUUCUAGUGAUAACAGGCGGUUUGUGGUUCCUCUGGGAUAUUUGAAGAGUUUCAUAUUCAGAGAGUUGUUCAAGAGGUCUGAAGAAGAGUUUGGUCUGCCAAGUAAUGGACCUAUUACUUUGCCUUGCGAUUCUACUUUCAUGGAGUAUGUUGUUUGCUUGCUUGAUUGGAAGGUCUCACAAGAACUCGAGAAGGCAUUGCUUCUUUCUUUGGAUUCUGCUGGUUAA